CAUUCACCAUGAUACCCACACCUCCCGUUGUGCCCAUCCCUGGACUAGCCCCCGCGCUUUCUUUCUGAGGCUGGGCUCGGCUCGAUGCGAUAUGCGAGAGCACAUUUACUCAAAUGGAAUUUUGAGCGAGGGCUUGACCUCCAUAGCGCUGAUGCGAGGUGUGUUUGAGGUGGUCUUGCAGACGAGUCGUGUGCGUGAUCUGCAAUCUGCGAUCUGCGCUCAGAGUCACAGUGUGGUUGAUCGAGCCGUCGGCAGUUACGAGCAAGAGGGGGAAAAUGUCUCGCGGGCGCAGGCAGAGAGUGCACCGCCUCCGACGCACGCCUCGCUCGAUCGAGAUCGAUGCGAGAAAAUAGUUACGAGUCGUCGUGGAUGGCCAUGCGGCAGGGCAGGCACGCGGCAGCAGGCCUGUUCUCACCCCUCGAGGAUCCGCUUGGGGGUCUGCAUGAUGAGGCCCAGGCUGAUUGAUGGCUGUGCAGAGAUCGAUGCACGGGUGCAGCGGUUCAAGAGCUUCGCGAAUGCAAGCGUACGACUACUUGGAACGCGUGAAGAGGCAAAGGUUAUCGGGGAGUCUCUUGUUCAUCUGACCCAGCUCUGAUGAGGGCUUGAAACUUGGUUUGUGAUGAUGGCUGUGAUGUUGUUGGUGAUUGUGGAUGCAGAGCACCAGUCAGGUGAUGGGCGAUGAGCAAGGUGAUCGAGGCUCGAAGGGUGAGCGGUGCCGCC